AUGGCGACAGUAUUUAGACCCUCCUGUCCCUCGGGAAAGGGCUUCAUCCGUGGAUCUUACAUCGGCACUGGCAUUAUGGUGAAUAUCACAAUUCCAUCCGUGCAACUCAAUGAUGGCACCUCGGUUCCUGUCCUAGGAUAUGGGACGGGCACUGCAUGGUAUAAGACCUCUGGGGAUACUAGCAUCAACCGUGAGCUGGUUGAAUCGGCCAAAGAUGCCGUGAAGCUGGGGUUUCAUCACCUCGAUGGCGCCGAAGUCUAUCGGACAGAAGAAGAACUGGGCCACUCGAUCCAGGAAAGCGGGAUUCCUCGCGAGCAGCUGUUCGUCACCACCAAGGUGAAUCACGCCCGCAUCGCCGAGAUCCCCGCCGCGAUCGAAUCGAGCCUCAGGAAGCUCCAACUCGACUAUGUGGAUUUAUAUUUGAUUCAUGCUCCGUUUUCGGCAAAUAACGAGGCUGAAUUGCAAGCCGCAUGGGCGGCAAUGGAGCAGGUCAAGGCAACAGGGAAAGCCCGGUCCAUUGGCGUCUCCAACUUCUUGCAGAGCCACCUGAAGACGAUCUUGAAGACCGCCAAGGUCGUUCCCUCUGUGAAUCAGAUCGAGUUUCAUCCUUACCUCCAACAUGGGGAGCUGGUCCCGUUCCAGGAGGCCCAGGGAAUCAAGACCGUGAGCUACUCGGGUUUGGUCCCCAUUACUCGUGCCCUGGGUGGCCCACUGGACCCUCUCCUGUCUUCCCUGGCCGAGAAGUAUGGUGUGAAUGAGUCCGAGAUCUUGCUCCGUUGGACUCUUGACCGGGGUUGUGUGGCGAUCACCACCAGUAGCAAGGAAUCCCGCCUGGCAAGCUAUCUGCGCGCGUUGGCGUUCAAACUGACCCCGAGUGAGGUGGAUGAGAUUUCUAACUUGGGUCAGCAGAGACACUACCGGGCAUUUUGGCGAGAGAAGUUUGCCUCGGAUGACCGGUCGUGA